AUGGAAGCGCUCAUUGCGGUCGGAUUGGCAGGCAACGUGGUCCAGUUUCUCCAAGGCGCUGGCACCCUAAUCGCCGAGGCCAACGCGAUACGGAUAAGCGGCAGCCCCUCAUCACUUCCGCACCUCCAGAGCCUCUCAAAAACACUUAUUGACCAAGCUGCUGUGCUAAGAACACGUCUAAAAGCAUGCAAUGCGACGCUGAAGGAGGAGGACCAGGCGAGUCAAUGUCUCUGUGGUCGUGUCGCAUUCGCUAAUUGCGGCAUACAGAAUCUUCUAGAUCUUGCAGCAGAAUGCGAAGAGGCUGGAACACAGUUCAUCACUUAUCUUAAGAGCUUCAAGAGCCACUCCUCUUCGAAACUCUUGCAGAGCGCGAAGGACGCCAUCAAAUUCCAAUGGCGUUCACAUAAGAUUGAUGAUUUCGUUGUCAAACUCGACAAGCUUCGCGGCUCCCUUACGUUGGGCACCGUACUAGCGUUCCGCACAAGUUCAGAGAGCAGAAACGAUGAGAUCCUUGGGCACUUGAAAGCGAUACAGCAGGACCAUAGAGCUCGGAGUUUGGAUGAAACAGAUAUUCGAACGGCAGUAGAAACUCUCGCGGACGCCUUACAAGAUCAAGCGAGUGACAAGCUUGAUGUCAUUCAGGACGAGAUUCGGUUGUGUAUAGAUGAGAUCAGCAGUCUACGUAGCGACCGUACUCCAGAGGAAAAGUCACGAAGUAUAGAGAGUAAAAUACUAAGAUGGUUGGACUUCCGGCAGAUCUUCUGGCGCUACGAGAGUGUUGCGACAGCGUACCAAAGGACGUAUGAGUGGAUUUACGACUCACCAAUCACGCAUAAUCGUUGGUCGGACUUUCCAAAGUACUUACAACAAAACACGGGUGAGCCAUACUUCAUCAGUGGGAAGGCUGGAAGUGGCAAGUCGACCCUCAUGAAGUUCCUCCAUGGCCACUCAGAUACGGGAACAGCGUUGAAGAAAUGGGCGGGAACGAGCGAGCUGAUGAAGUUGCACUUCUUCUUCUGGGAUCUUGGGACUACCCUUCAGAAGACUCAUGUCGGAAUGCUGAGAGCUCUACUCCAUACGGUACUCGAUGAACAUCCGGAGUUGGUACCAGCUGUCUUCCCAAGACUGUAUCGAAAUUGGAAGGCAUCGGAUGCGGAUAUCGAGCCCCAAUACGUCGAGAUGAAGGAAGCUUUCGAAAGACUAAUCGAGAAGUCCCGUUUUAUGAAACUUGCAAUCUUCAUAGAUGGUAUCGACGAGUUUGGGGGCGACCACCGCGACAUGGCGCUCUUCCUACGAUCACUGGCAUCACCACACGUGAAACUGAUUGUCUCGAGCCGUCCUAUAAAUGCCUGCUUGGAUGUGCUGGAGGGCUGUCCCACCUUACGUCUGCAAGAGCUCACACGACCGGACAUGGAGAAGUUCGUGCAAGGAGAGCUUUCAUCCAAUCGCCUUAUGGCCCGCAUGAUGAAACAAUUUCCAAAAAGGGCACCGGAACUGAUAAUCGAUCUGCUCAAUAAAGCAGAGGGAGUGUUUUUGUGGGUCAAGCUCGUUGUACGUCUCCUAGUCGACGGGCUCCAAAAUGGGGACAAUCUUGAGGAGCUACAUGCCAAAUUGACGGUGCUUCCUUCCGACCUCAGAGAUCUGUAUAAGAAUAUGUUUGGGAAAAUGGAGAUCGAGUACCAGAAGCAGGCGGCAGUAAUCUUCCAGCUGCUUGACAGGUGGCGCCAUUGUAUAAAUACUCAACUCCUUCCUGGCGUGGUCUUGUCGUACGCCAUACGCUCGCCCAAAGAAGUCUUUCAAGCACCAAUUGCUCCGAUGACCGGUAAGACAUUCAGUUGGACCAUGGACACUUUGGAAAAACGUAUUCGCAGCCGUUGCUGUGGCCUGGUCGAAGUUCGCUACAACGAAGACACGGAGACACUGGCCGAGUGGGCAUCCACGCAAGACAUCACUGUUGACAAGAUCAACAGCCGUGUGGUCACAUAUCUGCACAGAACGGUCGCCGAGUUCAUUGCAACGACCGAAGUCUGGCAGGAGGUCUGUGAGCUGACGAACGACAUGGCUUUGGAUUCUACGUCUAGCCUAAUAUCUGCAUGUUUGUCAACGAUGAAGCUAGCCGACCGCUAUGAUGAAGAUGGGGUGAGAUGGUAUUUAGAAGCCACAGCGAGCUUUUGUCGGCAAGCUACGACCACUGAGCCUCAAAUCACCCAAAAGUAUGUUUAUGAGAUGGACCGCAUCAUGUCAAAGUUUCAACAGAGGUCACGUCGCCCCUACGAUGGUAGAUCUCGUGUCCGCACCUUACACUGGUCUGCCGAACCGCAUGAGGUAGAAUCAGUCGAAUCGACCUUGGCUGUCGAGGAACACAAGAGUAUUCAUACCUUUGCGGCUAAGCGAGGUAUACUGGCUCAUCUACGUUUGCUGCCCUUCGGUAUUGGAGAUGAGGAACGGUUCGUGAUCGUUCUAAAUGCGUUGUUUAUAUGGAGGACGAGACUGUUUCGCGCCCGGAACAAUGAUGUGUCUCUUGACAUUGCAACAAAGUUGACAUCAUACCUCCUGCGAAACGUCUGGGGUCCAGAAUCUGUAGCAUUCGGUACCAGCUUGUGGCAACAAGCGUUGACAUGGUGUACGAAUAUGAAAGCCGACCGUUACUCGAUAUUAGAGGCUGCUCGGCUACUAAAGGUACUCUUGAGUGCAGUUGACGCACCGCAGUCGUUGUGGCAAAGAUCAGUGCAAGCUUGGAACGACUUUAUCAUAGGUCCAACACAUGUUUUGAAAUCGUUCAGGGCUCACACAGAGGACAACCCUGCUCCGGAGAAUAUUACUUUGCUCAAUAAUCUCGAGCACCUCACUGGAACCAGAGGUAAUCGACCUGCAGCUUCGGUAGCAGACCAUGGGGGGAUAAAAACCAAUCCUAGCUCACAAGCGAGUCAAAUGAAGGGAAAGAAGACCAGAAGAGAUAGAAAGAUCAAGCUGCGAGCGGUCGAUAGAGCGAGCUGA